GUUGUGACGUGUGGGCGGGGCCAGGCGGGACGGGCUCUCCCUCGGGUGCUUAGCCCCGCCCCCGUCCCACUCUGCCCUGUUGCUGUCGCGCCGCCGCUGGCUGCUGUCCCUGGAUCCCUACCAUGGAGAAGACCAUUGAAGAUCCCCCCACAUCAGCCGUCUUGCUGGAUCACUGUCAUUUCUCUCAGGUCAUCUUUAACAGUGUGGAGAAGUUCUACAUCCCUGGAGGGGACGUCACAUGUCGUUAUACCUUCACCCAGAAUUUCAUCCCUCGUCAAAAGGAUUGGAUUGGCAUCUUUAGAGUGGGAUGGAAGACAGUCCGUGAGUAUUACACCUUCAUGUGGGUUACUUUGCCCAUUGACCUAAACAACAAAUCAGCUAAACAGCAGGAAGUCCAAUUCAAAGCUUACUACCUGCCCAAGGAUGAUGAGUAUUACCAGUUCUGCUAUGUGGAUCAGGAUGGCGUGGUCCGGGGAGCAAGUAUUCCUUUCCAGUUCCGUCCAGAAAAUGAGGAAGACAUCCUGGUUGUUACCACUCAGGGAGAGGUAGAAGAGAUUGAGCAGCACAACAAGGAGCUUUGCAAAGAAAACCAGGAGCUGAAGGAUAGCUGUGUCAGCCUCCAGAAGCAGAAUUCAGACAUGCAGGCUGAGCUCCAAAAGAAGCAGGAGGAGCUAGAAACCCUACAGAGCAUCAAUAAGAAGUUGGAACUGAAAGUGAAAGAACAGAAGGACUAUUGGGAGACAGAGUUGCUUCAACUGAAAGAACAAAACCAGAAGAUGUCCUCAGAAAAUGAGAAGAUGGGAAUCAGAGUGGAUCAGCUUCAGGCCCAGUUGUCAACUCAAGAGAAAGAAAUGGAGAAGCUUGUUCAGGGAGAUCAAGAUAAGACAGAGCAGUUAGAGCACCUGAAAAAGGAAAAUGGCCACCUCUUUCUCAGUUUAACUGAACAGAGGAAGGACCAGAAGAAGCUCGAGCAGACAGUGGAGGAAAUGAAGCAGAAUGAAACUACGACAAUGAAGAAACAACAGGAAUUAAUGGAUGAAAACUUUGACCUGUCAAGAAGACUGAGUGAGAAGAAAAUGAUAUAUAAUGCUCUGCAGAGAGAGAAAGAGAGAUUGGAAGGAGAAAAUGAUCUUUUGAAGAGGGAGAACAGCAGAUUGCUCAGUUACAUGGGUCUGGAUUUUAAUUCUUUGCCGUAUCAAGUACCUACUUCAGAUGAAGGAGGCGCAGGACAAAAUCCAGGACUUGUCUAUGGAAACCCGUAUUCUGGUAUCCAAGAAAGUUCUUCCCCCAGCCAGCUCUCCAUCAAGAAAUGUCCUAUCUGCAAAGCAGAUGAUAUUUGUGAUCACACCUUGGAGCAACAGCAGAUGCAGGCCCUUUGUUUGAAUUGUCCAAUUUGUGACAAGAUCUUCCCAGCUACAGAGAAGCAGAUCUUUGAAGACCAUGUGUUCUGCCACUCUCUCUGAGUGUCCCAACCUCUUGGAUGUAUACAGAGAUUUUAUAGAGUAGAACCUGUAGCUUCUGCCAUGAGUUAUAUGAGUCAAGAUCCUGCCUAACCCGAAAUUAUUAGGGAUUUACUCAGCCCUGCUGCCACUAACAGUGGAGUUGUGUCACUGAUCUGAAGGUCACUGUUAAGGACUUCUGCUGCCAUCCUUGUGGGUUGCUACCUUUAAGUCACAUAACUCUAGCUGUAUCAUCCUCUCACCUAUCAUUCUUCCAAGGGUCUCAGUACAAGGGCCCUGGGAUAGAGCCAACCUGGGUAUUCACAACAGGCCUGACUUGAUACUAAGUGAUUGGUUUUCCUAGUUGUCCCACUGCCAUUCAAAGUCAGCCCUUGAGUGUAUUUGUUCUCAGUCCUAACCCUGGGGCCAGAGAUUGGUCCGAGGUUGAGAAUUCUUCCACCUCAUCCUCGGUGUUGCUUUCUCCAAAUGAUUGCAUUAGACUAGCCAAAAAUGCCAUGGCAAAGAGCUCAGAAGUCCAGUUUGGAUACCAAAGGUUUCUCAUGUUAAUUUCUCAGCCCCUAAAGAAGCAUCUUACUCCUGAACCUUAGACAGGAAGUAUUAUUUCAGUCACAAAAAGCUUUUCUGGGUACCUCUGGUUAGCACUUCCUACUCUCUGAUAUUUCCUAUGUACAUAGCUUGUAUUGUUGUAAAUCCUUUCUUAAUGGUUAAAUACGGAUUGUUAGCAACCAUGGAUUUGCAGUUUUCUGAAUAGGUGAGUUUUGAAUAUGGAUAAGUCAGAAUAAUGAGACUUGUUAAUCUCUUUAAUACUAAAAAUAAAUUACUCUUCUAUUUCAGGGACUUAGGUAAUUUAAAGUAAACCUUCAGUUUAUAGUCUUUUAUUUUGAAGCUCAUGGGAAAACUGUGAUCAAAAGGACUAUGGGAAGGACAGACCCCACGAAUGAUUUCUCUUCACCUGUCUUAAGUAUUAAACAAAAAAGAGUGUCCUAGUGUCCUGGCAGUUAUCUUGAGGUGGGGAAGGAGGUGAUGAAACAUUAGUUUGUGAAAUCCAAGGCCCUGGCUUCUUUUUUUUUUUUUUUGAAACAGAGUCUUGCUCUGUCACCCAGGCUGGAGUGCAGUGGCGCGGUUAGCUCACUACAGCCUCCACCUCCCAGGUUCAAGCGAUUCUCAUGCCUUAGCUUCCCAAGUAACUGGGAUUACAGGUGUGUGCCACCAUGCCCAGCUAAUUUUUGUAUUUUUAGUGGAGACAGGGUUUCACUAUGUUGGCCAGGCUGGUCUCAAACUCCUGGCCUCAUGUGGUCCGUCCACUUCAGCCCUUCAAAAUGCUGGGAUUACAAGCGUGAGCCACAUGCCCAGCCUGAGGCCCUGACUUCUUGCUGUAACUUUUCAUGCAUUUUUUUUUUAAAGGAGCAGUGUGGAUUUUGGCACCCUUUGUGAACUAAGUUCAAUACCCUCUAUCCACAUUUGCCUAAUUGAACUAUAAGAAAGCAAUAAUUCCAUUUUCUCUCCCCUCAGGGACUGAACAAAUGGAAAUAACUCCCAGGCAGUAUCAGCUGGUCACUACAGAGACUUGUACAAAAACUUUUGAAUGAUGUGAAACACGUUGUCAUGAAUAAGAGUUGAGCCAACUAUAGCCCUGUGUUCCUACUGGGCUUUCCCCAGCGUGGUUGGGAGUUAUGCCCUAGACUAACUGUAUUGUCCUAGUCACAGCUCCUUGCUUUGAUUUCAUCCUUGAUAAAAUGAAGAUGAAACUUAUACUACUUCUCCAGGCCUUUUGCUGCCUUAAGAAUGAGACCUGACAUUAACACUAACCCUAGAAUAGAAAUAUAUAAUAGGGAGAUGGUAAUAAAGGAGUUUUUCUGGCA